AUGUCCAAGCUUGCUGUGGCCAAGGAGGCCGUCAAGGAGGCCGUCAUCGGCACACAAGAACCUGAACAGCUUGCUGCUCACACCAAGGCGCGCUUCACCAAGCAUGCUAUCAAGGACCCUGAGACAGGCGAACUGUACCUCGGACCCGACGAGUUUAUCAACGCUGUUGCGCCUGAGGGUGAGGAUUACCACAAGAUCUCUCGUGAUCAAUAUUCCAUUCUAUUCAGCGUCGCGGAUGUCAAUGGCAAGGGCAAAGUGACUCUUGCUGACUGGGGUAUUUUCGAGCACCUCCUGAACAAGCCGGAUGCCGAGUAUCAGAUCGCUUUCCGCCUCUUUGACGUUGAGCGCACCGGCUCUGUCAAGUAUGACGAUUUCCGCACGUUGUACGAGCUCAACAAGGGCCCCGACAACCUAACCUUCGACUGGGACUCCGACUGGGCCAAGAUCUACAUUGGUAACAAGAAGCACCGUCACCCUCUCGACUAUCCUCAGUUCUGCCAAAUGUUGCGCGGUCUCCAAGGCGAGCGCAUUCGGCAGGCCUUCCACCAGCUUGACAAGGACGGCGAUGGUUUCAUCAGUGGUGAGGAGUUUGAGCGCAUCAUUGUCGAGACUGCCCGCCACAAGCUGUCUGAGCAUAUUCUUGACAAUCUGCACACUCUCGUCAACCUCUCCAUUGGCUCCAAGAUUUCAUACGCCAAUGUGCGCGCUUUCCAGAACGUCAUCGGCGGGAUGGAUCUUGUUGAGCUCAUCUUGCGCCGUGCCAUUGACCAGAGCAAGGACGGCAAGAUCACUCGUCCUGAGUUCCUGAACGAGGCUGCCAAGCUCACGCGCUUCUCUCUUUUCACGCCUAUGGAAGCUGACAUCCUUUUCCACUUUGCUGGUCUCGACGAGCCCUCUGGCCGCCUGGGACUCUCCGAUUUCGCAAAGGUCCUGGAUCCUUCGUGGCGGAACCCCAUCUACGACGCCGUCGAGGCUACAAAGGCCAAGGUUGCUGGUGGUGGUAUUCUGAUGGGUGUUCUGACCUCGGGUUACAACUUUGCUUUGGGUAGUGUUGCCGGUGCCUUUGGUGCCUUCAUGGUGUACCCCAUUGAUUUGGUGAAGACGCGACUGCAGAAUCAGCGAGGCGCCCAGCCCGGUCAGCGCCUCUACAAGAACUCGAUUGAUUGUUUCCAAAAGGUCAUCCGUAAUGAGGGAUUUCGUGGUCUCUACUCGGGCGUGCUACCCCAGCUAGUUGGUGUUGCUCCAGAGAAGGCCAUCAAGCUGACCGUGAACGAUCUUGCCCGAAAGUACUUCACUGAUAAGAACGGCAACAUCACACUCUUGUCCGAGAUGAUUUCUGGCGGUUCUGCUGGUGCCUGCCAAGUUGUCUUUACCAACCCUCUCGAGAUCGUCAAGAUUCGACUCCAAGUUCAGGGCGAAGUCGCCAAGACCGUCGAAGGAACACCGAAGCGAUCGGCCAUGUGGAUCGUGCGCAACCUGGGUCUGGUUGGAUUGUACAAGGGUGCUUCGGCGUGUCUGCUCCGUGACGUUCCCUUCUCGGCCAUCUACUUCCCUACCUACAGCCAUCUCAAGAAGGACUUCUUUGGCGAGUCUCCGACCCACAAGCUGGGUGUUGUGCAGCUGUUGACUGCUGGUGCGAUUGCCGGUAUGCCCGCCGCCUACUUGACGACACCCUGUGAUGUGAUCAAGACCCGACUUCAGGUCGAAGCCCGCAAGGGCGAGGCCACAUAUAACGGUCUGCGACACGCCGCGAAGACAAUCUGGAAGGAGGAGGGCUUCACUGCCUUCUUCAAGGGUGGCCCCGCGCGUAUCUUCCGAUCCUCUCCUCAGUUCGGCUUCACCCUUGCUGCGUAUGAAGUUCUUCAGACUCUUCUACCCAUGCCUGGUACUCAGAAGGACAAGAUUCCUACAGGAGUGUCAGAUGCUGUAUCGACGGUCAAGGGCAGCCUGGACACUAGUCCAUAUGGUCGCAGCCGCAACGCCCUUAAAGUGAUCCUUGAUCUUGACGAGGACUUUGGCAAGGUGAAGCUUCCCAACGAGAAGGGCUGGCGAUCGCUGCCCAAGAUCAUGGGCGGUGGUGGUCAGUAG